AUGUAUUACGACUGUCCCAUCUGCGACAGGUGCUUCCGUACGAGCAGCUCUCUCUACCAGCAUCAGUGGGCGACCCACUUCCCUUGCACUGUUUGCGCCAGGGUAUUUUCGACCCCUCAGUCAUUGCAUCAACACUCGCGCGCCAUGCAUGUCAAAUGCGCCUGGUGGGAGGAGUACUUCUGGAGCGACAGUGACUACUCCGACCACCUCCAUCAAUAUCAUUCUACCUGCGAAUACUGCAACAACGUCUGCCAAGACGACGAUGCCCUCGCCCGUCACAUCGAAGAAGAGCAUCCUAGCUGUGCCGAUUGCGGCCGCACCUUCCGCCGAGAGCAAGACUUCGACCAGCAUGUAAAUUCGGGAAUUCAUACGCAGCGGACGGUGGAUUGCAACUACUGUGGGGAAUCAUUCCGGACCUUCUCGGGUCUGACGCAACACAUCGAAUCCGGCAAUUGCGAGGUCAUGCCGAUGACCCGCAAACAAAUCAAGAACAUCGUCCGUGUAUGCGAGCGUGCUACGGGACUCCCUGGUACCAUCCUCCAGCCUCGAAUCACUUACGGAGAUCAUCCUUCCCUUCCGGAGAAAGCCACCAGCAGAAGUUGGAACGGCUCGGGUUAUGCUUGCUGCGUUUGUAACAGGUCCUUUCCGCAACUCAGCCAACUCAACGAACAUUUGAUCACCCACGAGCCAGAUCAUUAUCCCUGCAUCAAUUGCAGACGGCGGUUCAAGGUGUUGUCCGCCUUACUUCAGCAUUGGGAGUUGACCCACUGUGGACAGAGCGCGGCAAAAAAUGCAACCCGCAUCUUCCGGAGGCAGAUCCCUGACUGCUUUUAG